GUCAAUGUGUCCCAAAGCUCGAAAACAUUUAUAGCUCGCAUAAAAGCGGCCACCUAUUUUCGAGUCCACGUUCAAAAUUAAUGUUAGUAAAUGUCUCCUUCUAUACUUUCCCCUAUAAUUUUCCAUGAAUAGAUCUUCCCCCUGUCUCUGUGUGGCUCUUUCCCCUGUGUAAUGGUAUCUCCCUCUGCACCUCUUUUCCCUGUGUAAUCGCGAGCAACGUCAAGAAGAUGGCGGCAUUUUAGGGAGAGAUGAAGUGGCUCUGAGCUUUGCCAACAAUCUCUUCGUCGAAGAUACUUACUUCUGAGCACUCUCCCUGUCUCUCUCAACCCUGGAUUUCUACCUGAGUGAACUUCGUUUCACCAAUUUUUUUGAUUGUUGAACUUCGUUUCACCCUUUGAUUAUCCAUCUCUCUUUCUUUUUGUGAUGAAAUGAGGGCUAUUUAUUGAAUUAUCUUUCCAUGAUUCAUCUCUCUUUCUUUCUUUUUGAAAUGAAAUGAGAGCCAUUUAUUAUCACUCUGCUCAGAUUGCUAAUAAUCUAUGCCAAUGGGUUACACCCUUGCAGCAUAUCGUUCGCAUUAUGUGUUAUAUCACCACCACCAUCUCUCCACUUGCUAUUUUUUCUCUCUCAACUGUGGUUUCUGCACUAGAUUUUCCUCUACUGUUGAGAGAAGGAAAUCGGAUUCUUUUGAACUGAGGGAAGAGAUAGAGAAGCGCAUUCGGCAUUGCUGUGAAAAGGAGACCGAUGGUUGGUUGGAAGAGGCCGCCUCUCUCUUUAAAGGUUUGCUUCUCCAUUCCACUCUCAAUCCUUCCCUCUACACAUGCAAUUUCUUGUUGGAAUCUCUCUCACGAGCUGGCCAACCAGAAUUGACACUGUCUCUAUAUAAAACCAUGGCUGAAUAUGGAAUUUCACCUGAUUUUAAUGUAAUGCACAAGUUAGUCGUAUGUUUUUGCCAAAUCCAAAGAACCCAAUUUGCCCUUGGGGUUGUGGGUCUCAUUCAAAAGCUGGGUUACCAUCUCAAUGUUAUCCUGUUGACUGUGGUGAUGAAAGGAUUGUGCAAGGAGGGGCGAGUUGCGAGGGCGAUGGAGCUCUUCCAUUCUAUGGAAAAUAAUAAAUUUUCAGCUAAUGUUGUCACGUAUAACACUCUCAUAAACGGGCUAUGCAAGACCAAUUGUGUGGAAGAAGCCCUGGAUUUAUUCAAAGAAAUGGGAGAGAGAGGAACUCAGCCAAGCAUUGUCACAUAUUCAACACUCAUAGAUGGUCUUAGCAGGGAAGGGAGGGCACAGGAGGCAUUGGCUUUGUUUGAGGGGAUGUUCCACAAUGGCAUAAACCCAAACAUUGUUACUUAUAGCACUCUCAUAAACAUGCUUUGCAAACUCAAUAAUGUGGACAAUGCCCUGGCCUUAUUCAAGGAAAUAGGGAAGAGAGGCUGUCGCCCCAACGUAAUCACGUAUAACACACUUAUAGAUGGUCUUAGAAAGGUGGGGAGAAUAAGGGAGGCAAUGGCUUUGUUAGAGGAGAUGUACCAAAAUGGCCUGAAGCCGGAUGUUUUUACAUAUAAUAUUCUCAUAGAUGGGCUAUGCAAGGCAAAUAAGGUGGAAGGAGGGUUGGAAUUAUGGGAGGAAAUGUGGAAGAGACAGUGUUGUCCUGAUAUUGUGACAUAUAACACACUGAUAGAUGGUCUUUGCAAGGAUGAGAGAUUAGAGGAGGCAAUGGCUUUGUUGAAGGAGGUGUACCACUAUGGCCUAAACCCAAACGCUGUCACAUAUGGUGUUCUCGUGGAUGGCCUUUGCAAAAAGGGUUUGCUUGAUGACGCAUUGGAAUUAUUUUGUCAAAUGUUAGAAAAGAGAAUACCCCCUGUAGUAAGUUAUAAUUCUCUAAUUGAUGGACUUUGCAAGAAAAGAUUGUGGCGGGAAGCUACGGAAAUUUUUAAUAACAUGCUACAAGUCGGGCUUCAUCCUAAUAUUAUCACGUAUACUGUGUUAGUUGAUGGGUUAUGCAAAGAUGGAAAAUCCAAACAAGCUAUGGAUUUGGUGGAUACCAUGAUAAAAAAUGGUGAAGAGCCUAGCGUUGAAACAUAUAGUGCUCUAUUUAAUGGGUUUUCUAAAGAAGGCCGAAUGGUUGAUGCGAUUGAGUAUCUAGGCCAGAUGAGUGAAAGUGGAAUAGCUCCUAAUGUAAUUACCUACAUUAUUGGCAGGCUUUUGCGGAAUAAUAAGGUGGACGAUGCUCUAAAACUUUUCCAAUUUAUGCUUGAGGGAAGCUCCAUUCCUGAACCAUUUGCCCAUAUGAGUUCCACAAAUAAAAGCUCUAGCAAUGGCUGUGCAGAGCCAAACAAAGUGACAUAUAAUAUUCUUAUCAAUAGACUCUGUAAAACAGGCCGUGUAGAUGAUGCAAAAGAACUAUUGAACAAAAUGGCAGAGAAAGGAAUUGUCCCCGGUUUGGUGACUUAUAAUACGAUGCUUGAUGGGUUUUGCAAGGUACAUAAAAUGGACGAAGCUAUGGAGCUCCAUCACGAAAUGAUUGACAAAGGACUCAAACCAGAUUCACAAACAUAUGCCAUCUUGAUAGAUGGAUUCUGCAAAAAAGGCAAGAUUGAGACCGCAAAUAAUUUGUUGCAUGAUAUGCAGAUUCAUGGGCAUAUUCCCAAUCAAGUUGUUUAUACUGCAUUGAUAGAUGCAGCGUGUAGAUGUGAUUUUGAGCAAGCUAUGCAUUUGUUUCAUGAGAUGAUGGAAGGUGGCUGCAAACCUGAUGUCAUAUCCUUCAAUGUCCUCAUUAAUGCGUCCAGUACAGUGGGGAAUCUCCAAGCAUCAAAACAAUUACUCAAGGACAUGACUGAAAGAGGUUUGAUACCUGAUCUUGGAACAUAUGCUGUGGUAAUAUGCAUGCUAUCUCAAGCAGGACAAAUGAAUGAGGCCAAAGGAUUGUUGGAAAUCACGAUUGCAAUGGUUAUUCUCCAAAUGCUAUCAUAUAUGCUUCAAUGCUGAAGGAUUUUGGUGAAGAGGGCAAUGUGGAGGAAGUUGUGAGGCUUCUCCAUCAAAUGGCAUCUGAGGAUAUUAUUCUUGAUGAUGAACUCCUAUCCACAAUCUUGUAUAGCCUUACGCAUGAUAUUAGGUUUUCAACGUGUAUAGAAUCACUCCCAAAAUUUCCUCAAGCAGAAAGACGUGCUAGCAUCUCAUGCAAUGAGUUGUUGUUGAGAAUUCAGAAGUCGCAUCUGACGCCUUAAAAAAUGUUCAAAGAUGGGUUGUAGUCAUAUGUAUUAACUGUCGAACCAAAUCUAUAUUGACCAGACCAGCUGCUUUGAUGACUAGCCAUAGGUCUACCUAUGGAAAAGAUAACUGUGCUAACAUCUUUCUUAUGCCCAACCUUAUCUAUUGGCGUGACAAAGAUAAUUGUGCCUUGUUUAUUCUCAUUAAUACAGCCUAAAAGCAAAGUCCAUAUUUACCGGGCCGUCUGCCUUGAUGACCAACCAUAGGUCUACUUCUGGAUACCGUGUCUUUCCUUAUCUGUUGGAGUGACAAAGAUGACUCUGCAUUUUUCUUGUGCCUAUGCAAAGUGUCAGGCUAGAGAAAGCAAUGCUGUUUAGAUCACAAAAAUGUAGUAUUUGUUUCAUGACCUUUGACUUACGAAGUGGGUGUUGUUCUUCUGAACACCAUUAUGUUCUGCUUAAACAAAAUUUAUCGAGGUUGAUCAUUGAUAUAUUUAGGCGCAUGUAUGCUCUGAAACCUCUAGCUUCUGGGUAUGAAAUCAAUAGUAUAUGAAUGAAUAUUUCAUGAAUACUGGCUUUUUUAAUAAAUGUAUAUUGUAUUGAUAUAAGUUCAUAUUUGUGUAGGUCUUUGUAAUUGAAGGGAUUUAUUUCUUUUUCUCUACAUGGGUACUGUUGUCGUUCUGAUCUUGUACAUACAUAUGUAGCAAGCUAUAAAAUAUAAAAUGAAGCCUGAUACCGUCCAUAUCAGAAUUACAUAUAGUGAGUCAGGUGAGAGGAGUCUACUGGGAAUAAUUACUGGCUACUUCAAGUUCAAUUUUAUUUCUAUGAAGACAAGUAAUAAAGAUCCAAGUUCAAGCUGAAAUAUAUUUGUUCCUUGCAAAUAGCAGAACAGCAAACAUGGGCAAGCCCAAUGCUUGUGUGUACAUAACACCAAAUCUGGACGGUAAUAGAGCUUGGUUGGGCAAUAGAAAAAGGUUAAUUUUGGUAAUUUAUCUACAGAAGAUCACCAAAGAUCACAGAAAAAUUGUGGUGAUUCAUUCGGUGACUGUGUCCUGAUCUAGGAUUUCCAUGAUUGCUUUAAGUUGUAAAAAAUGCAGAUUAGGUUUGAAGUAUUAUGAUAUCUUAUUUUCUUGGAAUUCUGUGAAUUUUUUUUUUGCGUUUCUAUUCAGUCUUCAAGGGGCCCGAUUUGUCUAUUUUAUUUCUAAUUGGAAAGUGAAUCAUAUGUCCGUAAUUGGUUUAAUUGUUUAUGCUUCUUGGGAAAUUAAGUUAUUUUAGACUCUGAAUGCAAGCUAUUUAGUGCAUUAGUACUCUCUCUAACAUGUGGAUGAUAGUGUACUUCCUGUAGCUCUGAUAUGCACACAUAUAGUUCUUUCAACCAUCGAUUAAUGACAAUGGUUCUCUUAACUCUUAGACUAGUUCUCCUUAGACAUUGUUAACGGUUUUAUACAUUGUAUAUAGUGCACGUACAUUGUAGAUAGUUUAGAUACACUGUU